CGCGUCGUGACUGCGCGCAGCCGGGCGCCCCUGGCGACGGCCGGGAACGCCACACCCUCGGCACGGCCCUGGCCCCGCCCCCGCCAGGCGCGUCGCGGCCAGGGGAGGCGUGUGCUGCUCCCGCAGCCAGCGCGAGAGGGAGAGAGGGAUGGAUGUUGGAGGAGGAAUUCGGGCUUAACAAGUGAUCGCUGCUGUCUAGGAUUUUGUUUCUUUUCGGGGGAACCUUGAUUUCCUUUCCCAGGCGAGCCUGCCUGUGCCGAACUCCAGAGGAACCAGGCGUCUUGGGGGUCCUCUCUGGGGCAUCCUCAUCCCCACCCCCAGGCUCCAGCAGCGAGGACUCUGUGCCCCCCGGGCCAGGCAACAGAACUUGUUCCGUGGAUAUUUUGGAGCCUUCACCUGCCAAACCGGAGUGAUUCCUUUUACCACUCCCCCCACACCCAAGAUCAUUCUUCCCCUCCUCCAGCUGUUGAAGCUUGAGGGGGGAAAAACAAACCAGCCUGGGGAAUUUUCUUUAUUUUUGUGUUCCACCCCGCCGGGGAACGGUGAAGUGCUUCUUCUGCAUGAUUUUAGCUGAAGGAUGCUCUGCAUUUCCUCGAUUUCUAUGGAGACUCCAGAGCUGGUUUUGCUUCUGCUGACACCUCAUCUAGCACCUUCUUUACCUCCUAGGGUCUUUGCCUCUGUCUGUAGCCUGGCAUUACCCCUGGGUCCAGGAAGCCUUUGAGAGACUGGAGAAUCAUCCUGACAGACUUUGAGCAGCAAUGGCUGUACAUACUUCAAGCCACAUCUUAACAUGGGUCAAGCCGUCUCUAGAAGGCAAGUGCUAAGACUAAAGGCAUAUUUGCAUUUUAUUUAAAUUUAAUGGACUCAGCUUUGGCGAAUUUCCAUGGCAAAAAAACAUAUUUCAUUUUCUAGGCACAACUGCUGGCUGUCAGACACUGGCUGCCUUUGAAUCUUGCAGCAUCAUCACCAGCUACAUCCCAGACAUAAUUUCCAAAUCUCAACACCUACUCCAAAAUAUAGGUGUCUGGCAGACCCCCAUUCAUUGUUUUCUGACUUGGGUUUGAGAGUGCUAGGCUGUUUAUCUCUGGAGAGCAAUGUUGAAUCCCCGAGAAGAGAGAGCAUGGGGUGUGCUGAUUUAAAAACAGAAAAUGCAAAGUUGGACUGAAAAUAUCCUUAGUCUUCCAAGCAAUCUGCUUAAGGGUUCCAAACUUACCUUAAUUUGGUGAGAAAAGAAGCUGCCCUAUUUUUUCUUUCUUCUUCUUCUACAACUGGAACCAGCCAUUUCCAAAAACUACCGCCAUGGAGGUUGCAAUGGUGAGUGCCGAAAGCUCAGGGUGCAACAGUCACAUGCCUUACGGUUACGCAGCCCAGGCCCGGGCCCGGGAGCGGGAGAGGCUGGCUCACUCACGGGCAGCCGCGGCAGCUGCUGUCGCGGCGGCCACAGCCGCUGUGGAAGGCAGCGGGGGUUCUGGAGGGGGCUCCCACCACCACCACCACUCCCACGACCCUCAGAGCAGCCGGGGCAGUCGGAGGAGGAGGCGACAGCGGCCCGAGAGGAAGAAAUCCCACCACCGGCAGAGCAGCUUCCCUCACUGCUCUGACCUGAUGCCCAGCGGCUCUGAGGAGAAGAUCCUGAGGGAGCUGAGUGAGGAAGAGGAGGAUGAGGAGGAGGAGGAGGAGGAGGAAGAGGAGGGGAGGUUCUACUACAGCGAAGAUGACCAUGGUGAUGAAUGUUCCUACACAGACCUGCUGCCUCAGGAUGAUGGGGGUGGCGGUGGCUACAGUUCCGUCCGCUACAGUGACUGCUGCGAGCGUGUGGUUAUAAACGUGUCAGGCCUACGCUUUGAGACCCAGAUGAAAACUCUGGCCCAGUUUCCAGAGACUCUGUUGGGCGACCCUGAGAAGAGGACUCAGUACUUUGACCCUUUGCGCAACGAGUAUUUUUUUGACAGGAACCGGCCCAGCUUUGAUGCCAUCUUGUAUUAUUACCAGUCGGGAGGCCGCCUGAAGAGGCCUGUCAACGUCCCCUUUGACAUCUUCACCGAGGAGGUGAAGUUCUAUCAGCUGGGGGAGGAGGCCCUGCUCAAGUUUCGGGAGGAUGAGGGCUUUGUGAGAGAGGAGGAGGACAGGGCCCUGCCAGAGAAUGAAUUUAAAAAGCAGAUUUGGCUUCUCUUUGAGUACCCGGAGAGCUCCAGUCCUGCAAGGGGCAUAGCCAUCGUGUCCGUCCUGGUCAUCUUAAUCUCCAUUGUCAUCUUUUGCCUGGAAACCUUGCCUGAGUUUAGGGACGACAGGGAUCUCAUCAUGGCACUGAGUGCCGGCGGGCACAGUGGGUUGUUGAAUGACACCUCAGCACCCCACCCGGAGAACUCAGGGCACACGAUAUUCAACGACCCCUUCUUCAUUGUGGAGACAGUGUGUAUUGUAUGGUUUUCCUUUGAGUUUGUAGUUCGCUGCUUUGCGUGUCCCAGCCAAGCGCUCUUCUUCAAAAACAUCAUGAACAUCAUUGACAUUGUCUCCAUUUUGCCUUACUUCAUCACGCUGGGCACCGACCUGGCCCAGCAGCAGGGGGGUGGCAGUGGCCAGCAGCAGCAGGCCAUGUCCUUUGCCAUCCUCAGGAUCAUUCGACUGGUCCGAGUGUUCCGGAUCUUCAAACUCUCCAGGCACUCCAAGGGCCUUCAGAUCCUGGGCCACACCCUCAGAGCCAGCAUGCGGGAACUGGGCCUCCUAAUCUUCUUCCUCUUCAUCGGGGUCAUCCUCUUUUCCAGCGCUGUGUAUUUCGCAGAGGCGGAUGAACCUACUACCCAUUUCCAAAGCAUCCCAGAUGCAUUUUGGUGGGCUGUGGUGACCAUGACAACUGUGGGCUAUGGGGACAUGAAGCCCAUCACUGUGGGGGGCAAGAUCGUGGGGUCCCUGUGUGCCAUUGCGGGUGUCUUAACCAUUGCUUUGCCAGUGCCAGUGAUUGUCUCUAACUUUAACUAUUUCUACCACAGAGAGACUGAAAAUGAGGAACAGACACAGCUGACACAGAAUGCAGUCAGUUGCCCAUACCUCCCUUCUAAUUUGCUCAAGAAGUUUCGGAGCUCCACUUCUUCUUCCCUGGGGGACAAGUCAGAGUAUCUAGAGAUGGAAGAAGGAGUUAAGGAAUCUCUAUGUGCAAAGGAGGAAAAGUGUCAGGGAAAGGGGGAUGACAGUGAGACAGAUAAAAACAACUGUUCCAACGCAAAGGCUGUGGAGACUGAUGUGUGAAUUGCUUUCUCCACCAUUUCUGCCACUGCACCCCCCAAGCAUCUCCAAAUAUAUUUAUGCAUAGAGAGUGCAGUUAUGAAAAUGAAAUAUGCAAAUGAGUCCAAUGCAUACAGUAGUACGCCACUUAAUGGUUAUACAUGGCAUAAUUGUUACUAAACUUGUAUUACAUAUCAAAUAAAUGAUACAUCUUGGAGAAGAGGGAGGCUUAUAUAGGAGCAAAUCUAUCUUUAUAUUUUUUAUUAGAAUGCAAGAAUUUUGCACAUUGACUGGAAAAGAUAUUAACAGUAAUGAUGGUUCCACGGAGAGAAUGUGUGUGUGUGUGUGUGUGUGUGUGUGUGUGUAAGUGUAAGUAAAUUGUCAACGUUGUUAGUAAUUGUGCAGUGAUGGGAAAAGUUGGCAUUUUUAAGUAUUUACUAUGUAAGAACUAAUGAAUUUGAGCAGUCAUUUAUCAGUGCUUUAAUAGCAUCUCAUAUGUCUUUGGAUUCUGUAGUUGUUUUUUAAAAAUUGUAAGAAUUACUGUGUAGAAAAAAACAAAGUAAAUUAUUUAAUAGAAUAUAGGUCACAAUUUUAUCUUGGAUUUAAUUAAAGUUUAUUUUUAACUGGAAAUUAACUUUUAAAAAGGCUGCAAGGCUUUAGAAAUUGAUUAUAUUUUAUUAUUAAUUUUGGGAAGAUUUGACAGCAAAUGUCUAACAUUAUAGAAGAAAUGAAGUCAGAGAAAAUGUAACAAAUGUUAUUCGCAGGUAAUGGGACUGGAUUUUUUUUUCCUUUGCACUACUUUAUAUGCUGGAGAUUGAAAGAGACUUCAUACUGUGAAUGUUUACUAAUGUAACAGUUCAAUGACAAUCAUUGGAAGAAUGAUUUUUUUAGUCUUAUUUUAUUGUUUUCUUCUUUUCAUUGUGUGAGACUAAUGGCCACACAGAUAACAGCACAUGAUUCUUUCUUCUUUUAAAAUCUAAAUAACUGAUCUACAAAGGGACUAUGAAGUCAAAUUUAGCACCUGAAUCUUUUGAAAUUGGUCUGUUAAAAUGAUGCUUUUGAAACCCUACUAUUUUAAAUAUUCUUCUGCCUUUUAACUCCAGAAUAAUUUAACCAAAGUUAAUGCAUGCACUGAAAGAUUUUGAAGACAUAAGAUACCCAGCAGCUACAGUGAUUAUGGCUUAAGGUUUUUCUAUUAAAUGUACAACAUAAAUCAUGCUAGAUUUAUUAAGUUUUUUUUUGUGCAGCUACAUAAGAACAGAAUAUGGGGAUUCACCUCAGAUUUUAGCAAUCUAUUUGCUAAAUGGAUAUAAGGAAGAAUUGUGUCAAAACAUUUGGUUUCAAUAUCACUAUCAUUAUCAUCUUUAUUAAAAGAAUUUGACACAUAAUUGCAUUUAACUUAUGGCAAGAUGUUCUAGAAUGUGAGGUAACAACUAAUGAUUGGCCUUGCACUGUUAAUUCGUAAUGAGAUACAGGUUAGAAAACUCAGAAUACAUAAGAGGACUUAUUCUCCAAUGUUUUAACUUCUGUUCUUUAUAAAAUGAUUGUCCUGAGCUCUAGAAAAAAUAUGCAUAGACUAUUACUGCACAUAAUGAACUCUGACAACUAUGAACCAAAAACAAACAAACAAACAAACAAAAUGACCUAAAAUAGCCUUUCUCAAGUUUUCCUGUUUUUCGUUUUAACCUAGACCAUCAUUUGGUAAUUAUAUAUAAAUCUUACCUCUCCUUUAAUGUUAUUUGAAAUUCAAAGUAAAUCCAACAUUAGGGUAAAAGUAAAGCUAUACCCUUAUUUCCACCCUUUUCCCACGACUUGUAGAGAAACACUUUUUUAGAACAGUAUUUGUAGAACAAAAAGCAGCAAGUGGAGGCUUUUUUUUUUUUUAAUAUGAGGACCAAAGACCAAAGAUCAAUAGUGGACAAUAGAGAGUGACAAAACAAGAAAAUACCAUCUUAUAAUAAGACUUAAAAGAUGGCAUUUUAACAUAUUUUGGAUUUGGGGCAAAAAUAUAAUAAGCAUUAGACUGGGUGUAAGGCUAUUUGGGCUUGUCACCAUUCAUUUGGAAAAGUCACUUAACACUUCUGCGUCCACAUUUCUUGAUUAAUAAAAAUGAGUGUGCAGAAAGCAUGUUACUUUACAGGGUCAUGGAAAACAAAUGAGAACAUGCAAAAACUCUGAUAUGUUGGGUUCCAUAGAAAUGCCUGAUAUUAUGUCUAAAUUGUUUAAUCUCUUUCUGAGUAAAAAGGAUAUUAAGAACCCAUGAGCAUAUAUCUACUUUAGUAAGAUAUUAUAAAAAUCAUGGGUAAUGUCUUUAACCUUGAGGUCUUUACAAAAAGUUGAUGUGCAAACACAGGAUUGUCUAUCAGUAGAUCUAGGCAUGUCAUGGAAUAAAAACUUGACUCUGAACAAGAUUUCAUGUAUCUUAUGAUAUAGCCAACUGGGUAAGAUUAUGUUUUAAUAUAAUUUAAGGGCUAUCUAGCAUAGGGUGUUUAUUGAACUUUCCAUAAUAGCAAUAGCAAUGAUUUGGCUAUGUUUGAAAACGAAACUGUACUGUAUUUCAUUAUUUAUAUGAUAUUACUUUUUUUUAAAUCUGAAAAGUUAUAUAUAAAAUUAAAUUGAUGAUAUAUAUUCAUAAUUCUGAGAAUUCAGGAAAUAUAGUCAUUUGGGGAUCCUAGGGCUUGCCUUUAUUCCACAUGGGUUUUUUAGGAUAAGAAGGUCAAGUGACAAUCAUGAUUUUUCAAAGCAAGUAUUAGCAGAUUAUCUCUAAACACAUGGUUUUUUUCCCCUUCAAGAUGUAUUUAUUUUAGGGUGUCUGGAUCAUGAUCCUACACUGAGAAGGAAGCUUUUAAGCCCUCAAGACUUGUAUAGGGACACUUCUGUGUGGAACACUUCUCUUAUAGAGAACUUGUGAAGGUAGGACAACCAGUGCAUCUGUGGAUUUAUAGCACUUUUCCAAGUCAAAGCUAGGCAAAGUGCUUUAGAACCAUUUGUGAAAAUUUUAUACAGAGGAAUAUGCUUCCAGGAGCUAUUUGUAACUAAUUUAGGAAACUGUAUCUUCUUAGAGACCACCAUACAUACUUGGUUGGAAGAUAAAAGAGAAGUGACACCCUUUAGAGAUCUGAAUUAGGGGGAUCUGGGAUCCUUUUGUUGCUUUUCAGAUGAUAAUACAUGUUAACAAAAGCACAUUAUUUGAGGGUCAUCCUAAUCAGAGUCUUUUCAAAGGUGGAUGCAUUGUUCUGUCUUGCAAAUGCUUGAAAAGGAAACAGUUAUGCAUAACACUUAUGGGGAAAAGAGGACAAAUAAAUAUAUAUUUUUAAUUUCUGUGAAAGGGAGCUGGUGGGUGCUAGAGAAAUGGCAGCUGGCCGAGGGAGUCAAGAGCGCUGGCUUGUGAAAUGGUGGGCAAAUCAUUUCAUCUCCUUGAAUAUCAGCGUUUUGAUUUUUUUUUUUUUUUUUAGUGUAAAACCAGAAUAUUGGGCUACUUAUCAUCUGGCCCCUUUCAGUACCAAAAUUCUGCUGUGGAGUUGAAGGAAGCAUUAGACUAGCUUGGUAUGUCCUAAGUACCCCUCAAGUUGUACUAGCCUUAAUUUUUGUAUUUAAGUACGAGAGCAAAAUAGUAUAAAAAUCUCACUGUCAGGUUAACUGUAGAACCAAGAGUUUGAGUUAUUUAGAAUGUAAACUAAGCAGAAUGAAUAGGAUGUAUUUUGAAGCUGUUUAUUCUAAUGACUUAUAAAGGGAAAGGAUUCAUUUAGUGAAAACUCCUCAGUUCCCAGUUGAAUACACGUGGUGAAAGUUGGUAAGUAUACAUUUUGAUGUCUUACUUUGUUAUUGUGCAGUCUUCUUGGUAAACAGUAUUUCAGCCUAUCCUGGGGCACUUAUUUUAUGCUUAAGACGCUUGUAGCAUUUCACAAGUGCUACUGCUUUCCUUGUCAUAUUUGUUUUAAACAGGAUCAGUGAAGCUUUGUGAAAAUCUUUUCAUUCAGCACGUGUUGAAAUAGAACCCAUGAUAUGAAUAACAAAUACCUAAGGAAAAUACUCUGGACUAAGAUAUAUAUUUUCCCAUUUUUAAAAAGUCAGCAUUAACCAAUGAAAAAUCAUUUUUAAGUGCAUUGGAAUCACAAACAGUAGCACCUCUACCUUGAAACCGAAAUGGCGUUCUCCACUGUUGUCAAUUUCCAGGAUUUUGAUGCAUCUUUAGCACUAGUACUAGGUAAAGUGGGAAAUACACCUAGAUUCAGUUUACAUUUUUAAGUGAACCUGUGAUGAUGUGCUCAUGUGCAGGAAGCAGAGUGUAAUAUCCCUCUUUAUGUGUGUGUGUGUGUGUUUUUUAAUUGAUACAGUUUAGAAUGAUUACGGGGUGUCAUUCAGUGACAAAAGGGCCUGUUCCAGGAAAUCUUCUUGACCCAAAAGUCAUUCUGAAUUCUGCAAGGGACAUUUGAUGUGGACAAAAGGUACCUCUUGGUUUUCCUGCCUGAAAAGGAACUUGACUGUGAGCACAGGUUCCUUCCAGACUGAUGUAGCCACUGCAUGUUAGAAGGCAAUCCUACAUUCUAGUAUGGAAAUCAGUAUUCCUUUCUGAAAGAAGGUUGAUGGAGUAUAGUUUGUGUUCAGGAUUGAAGGAAGCAGAGCUAUUUUUGCAGUAAAUGGGAAUAUGUACUUCUGAAAAGUAAAUUAAGAUUAGGACUGUGCUAUGAGUUUUAUUUCUGGCUUGGUUUUGUUUCCAUAGCAGUCCCAAUUUCUCACAGUAUAUUCUUCGUAAAAGUAUGCUAAUACGUAUCAGACCAUAUGGCCCAAUUUGAGGUUUAGAAAAUAUGGUCACCUUAUUUAUGGGUGAAUAUAUUAAUCCCAGGGAAUGAGUUGAUUGCUCUGAAAAAUGUGGCACAUAUUUAAUGAGCUGUGGCUCUAAGUGAGACCAAAGCAUCCCCCUUUUAGGCCUGUGGGACCAGAAUAGAUGUCUAAGGCAAAUAGUGUGCUAAAUAUGGAGUCUUGCUGUCAUCUUAGAAAGCAUAUUCCCAGAUUCACUGUGGUGUUGUUGACCUAAUGUUACAUUUUUGAUCCACUUGUUGUCAUUGGUGUCCUGGAAGGUGAAUUUGUAUUCAGAGUACCAGGAGCUAAAUUAUUUUGGUAGUUGAUCCACAGAUAGUCAACUCUUGCUUCCUGAUCUGCAAAUGAUCUGUUUUGCAGAUUAUCUGUGGCUUGUUUUGCAUCUGAGUUUGGCUUUACUCAGACUCAGAACCCCAUUUUUUCCUGGGGUUCAAUAGCCAGUCCAGAAAAGGCAAAAUCAUGAAAAGAGAAAACAAUACAGUGCAAAUAAACAAUAAAAACACCAGAACCAGAAAACCAAGAAAAACCUAACUGAGAAGCCAAGUGUAUGGUUCAAUCUGUCACAUACAUUAGAACUAAAUAUGAAGGAUGUGUUGGUAGCCAUUUUCAUGGCUCCUCACUGUUAGCAGAGGUAACCGGGAGGUGACUAUUGUGAGGGAUGACAUAAAACAGAAAUAAGCUAUUCAACAAAUACACAACAUUUUCUGUGAAAAUGAUAGAAAUGCUGACUCAUCUUAGCAGGGGUAUUAAUAGUAAUUAUUAAGAAUAACUAGUAAAUAUGGAAAACAUGAUGUUUUUUUCCCAGUUAUUGGUAGUAUGUGGAAAUGUACUUGGAUUGUUUUCUCACGAUUCUGUAGGCCAACGGCUGUUUUUAAAGCUGAAAAGCAUGAAGGGAUUUUUAUCUACAACUUCUUAAGUUAUUGGCUAUUGAGGAGCCAGUCACCUCUUACAUUAGUCAAAGCAUUUAAAUAAAUAGUCCCUGUGGAUAUCAACUAAAGCUUUGCCAGUUCUGAGCCAAAGAAUUAUAUUUGUUUCAAAAUAAUUAUAUUAAUAUGUAAUAUAUUCAUAUAUUUACAUAUAUUAUAUAUUUUAUGUUAUGCCUUUAUUUUGGCAGCAAAACGAAUGGUCUGAGGUAUUGAAAGAGACUUCUUGAAGUGAAGUGAAAAUGUAUAAUUCUCAUUAGUAGGCAAAUGCAUGUGUUUGGAGAAAUGAUAAGACUUGAGGAUUAAAAAGCCUUUCUUUACACUUUAGUAUGGAUUUUGUGCCUUAUAAUCACAAUAUUACUAUGGCUAAGCUCUGAGACAGUCCAUGUAGUAAGGGUAUAUAUUUAUAGUUUCAUUCCCAGUAGAAGGAAUUAAUAUUUAUGUUUUAUGGAACAUUGUAAUGUGUUUAUUUUAUUUUUAAUGUACAAUACUUCCAUUACAUAAAGGAUGCAUAUAGCAUGGAAAGUAGACUAUAUGGUAUGCAGCUUUACUUUGUGCUCUCUAGAAAUAGACUUACCAAAAGCCAUUAUUUUUCUGUAUUUUUGUUGUAGGUGUUGUUUGAUGUGACUUCCUUAAUUCUCUCAGGUUCAAUUACAGCAUUAAAAAGUUUCAGGUUAUUGUUUUUGGUGAAUGUUCCAAUAUCUCUUUUAGCCUCUGAGGGCAUUAACAUAAAAAAAAAAACAAUUACAUAGUUGGAAAAUACCAUCUUUUUUGGAGAACAGGGCAUUAUUAUCUGAACUCUCUCCAUGAUAGUAGUCACAUUAGUUAACAUGGAAGGUGCAUUAAGUUCUAUUUAUAAACAUAAUACACUUGUACCUGAAUGGAAUGAUGAUUUUUCCCAAAGAACACUAAUGGUGUUGAUAGCACCUGAGUGAGUCUUUUUUUCUCCUCUCAAUUGGUAGGGAUCAUAAUCCAAAUGAGGCUUUCAUUUGCUAUGAGGCAGAAUAGGAAAUAAUUAAUGAAGGUCCCACUGGACUGAAAUCUAUCGAGAAGGGAUGGAAUCUCUAGGGAAUAUAUUAGGAUUUUUAUUUAUUUAUUUCCUUGCCAUUCCUAGAUGGUGUGCUUGUUGGCAUUCCUGUUGGGGCAAGAUUUUAAUUUUAGGAUGAUUUACCUACUAUUAAAAUGACUUUUGAUUAAAAAAUAAGGAAUUAUAAGUGUUGUACUAUUUUAUUAGGAGUGUCUCAAGUUAAAUAUUUUAAGAAAUUAAUAUGAGAGUUGAAGAUUACAAUAUUUAUUUGGAGAAAGAUUUAUCCAAUAAAUAAUGAUUCAUUUAUUCACAUUUAUUGAGAGGAUAAUGGAAUCUCUAUUUUUCUUUCUUAUGAAUUUUCUACAUUUAUAUUUAAACUGGUGGAUUUCAUAUAAAUAUUACAUCUUCUAGUAAACCAAGUGAAGGGCUUGGGUACAAACUGGUUAGAGGAUUACAAGAUGGUUUGAUAGUCUUUUUUGCAACAUUUGCUUUUGAUCAAUUUAAAAGCUGAUUUCAGUAUGUGUGAUUUACAACAUAGAGAGAUCCCUGUAUAGCAUAUUAGAAUCUGAAUGAUAAAGUAAGAAUGUUAGGAAUAGGUUUUCCUUCUGAGUUCUUAGAAGUGUUCUCAGAGCUUUUGACCCACAUCCUCCAGAUCUGAUCCAGCCAAUGGGAAGUUAGCAAACUGCUUUUUUUCUUGGAGUAGCAACAACAUACAACAGGAUCAGAGCCAACUGGGACUAGUAGGAGUAGAAGGGAGGUAGGCAAGGGGCAAAGAGUUAUGCCCAAAUGAAGCUACUAAUUUGAUAGUAAAUGUAGCUAGAUCAGCUUCAUUUGAUAAUGCUAUUAAUUUUUGUUAACCCAGAGACUGCAGGCGAGUAAAUUGAUCUCUUAGAGUUGACAUAUGUGUAUAUAUUUCCCAAUAUGCUGAUUCCCUUUGUCUUUAGUCUUCGAGGGCAUUCAUGCAUAAACCAUAAAACUGCUACUGAGAAUUAAAGCUGUAUAUCUCAUAAGGAUAAAACUCACCUUCUCCUUUAGUGUAAGGGACUCUUUCACAUCUUUAGGAGAUUACCACUUGGGUACUUUUCUAUUUUAAAGGGUGAGAAUUCUCCCCCUUAUUCUAAUGUAGAAUGUCAUCGUGGUAGUGCAUUAAAACUGAGACAGAAUUAUGCAACCAGUAGAAGCCCUGGGAAUGAAUGUCACUAACACAGAGCUGAAUGAUGUGUUUAUGUUGGUUAUUGCUGGUGUGCAACUCUUAGAGGAAUGGAGAAAUCAUAAAAUUUGUGCAACCUCAUUAAAACUCUGCCAUCAUAUGCUCCUUGCUGAUUUAGCUGCUGCAGCUUUUCAUCCACUGAGGGAAGAAGUGUCAUUUCACUACUAGAAUCCACAUACUUCACAGGUUUCAAGACAGUGUGAGAAACAGUGGAGACAGAAAGGGUUAGAUUAGAUAGAUAAGGAUGAAGCAAGAUACAGUAUUUUAAGGUGUGAAUCAUCUUGUGACACUAGACUAUUUUUACUCACUCAAGGGACUGAGUAGAAUCUUUGGAUAGGAGAGGUUCUGUUCAGGAAUUACCGUUUUGUUUUUGUAUGUCCACGGUAUCCCUGUUAGCGAUCAGUCUAGUCUAGCAGGGGGUAAAUCCUGCAGGCACUACUAAAACAAGCUGAAAAUUAUAUGCUGGAAGCAUUUUUUCCCUCUCAUUUCAGUUAUAAAAAACUGUAGUUGUGUUACGAGCUUUGCAAGAGAGAUGAGAAAAGUCUCGUGACUUUUAAAAUUUGUGUUGCAUCCCUGAAAGGAUUUGGGAAGGAAAUUUAAACUAGAAGAGUUUAAUAGAAGUUCAGACCAAAUAUAAACUAAGUUCAAAGUAAAAUACCCAUUGAUCUCAUUAGUUCCUCUUUCCAGUAUUUCCCCCUCCUCCCCAGUUAUUAAGGUUUUUAUUUAACUGUAGAAAUAGACAUAUAAAAUGCUUGGCUUUGCUACUUUCCCUCCACCCCACCUCAUCCUACUCACUUUUGCUUUGACAAAAGCCCAGAUUAGGGAGGUUUCUGCAGUCCUCUGUUUGCAGAUUUCUCAGGGAGAGAGCUUUUCUCAUGUGAUUCAGGUAGAUUUCUUCCCAUUUUUAUAAAUCAGGUCAUGCCAGUGCAUAUCCAGAAAGCUUCCACAAUCACCUGCAAUGAAAGUCUGUUAUGUUCUGUUAUUAUGCUAUUUUUUGCCUAUUACUGAACAGCUGGGAUUUUAGAAACAGCUGGAUGAUUAGUUGUGUUUUUUUCCAUUUUUCACCCAGAUGCUUUUUUACUGUGUAGAAACAAUUCCAGUGUGGAAUGACCUGGGAGUAUAAUAGCAAAAAUCUGCUCUGAUGCAACUGUUGUUAUUAGGAAUUGAAUCAAGAAAAUUAAGGGCAGUUUUGACUCUUGUUGGCUUUACAAACAUGCUGUUUGAUACAACAUCCUUAUUUCUGUUCCUAGGCAAAGUGGUCGAUUUACCAACUUUUAAAAUGCCUCUUCCAUUAAUCCUUAGGCUACCGAAGCUAUGCUUUGGCUGUUACAUUUAUUUGCUUAAGGGGAAAUGUCUACACACAAUGAGAUAUCACCUGAGUUUUCCAUUCACUGCUGGCAAGAGGAGCUGACAGAGGCAGGCAAGCUACAGUCCUCUCACUCACCAGAGUCUAUUUUUAGGUUGGUCCCUUUGUGACUGACAUCAUCCCUGACUGGAGGGGUUGAAAUUCAGAGAUGAUGAAAUGUUUUAUUAUUGUGAUUUGCAGAUUUAUAAAACUGUAUGAUAUUGUGAAAGUGACACAUUUAAUUCAGGUGCUGUUUGUUGAUUUCUUACCCAGGGCUAAAAUUAGAAUUAAAAAGGGUGCACAGACUUCUUUUUUUUUUUUUUUUCCACCAAUUAUUCUUUCAACAGAUGUGUGUUAAACUUAUGCUAAGUGGCUGGGCUAUGCCGUAUACCCUAUCUCUAAAUAUACUAACAUUUCAGAGGAUCACAGUCCAUGUAGAAGGAUUUUUGAGAUAUGGAAAGAUUCAUUUUUCUAAAUGGCAGGAUUUUUGUUUAUUGUUACUAUUGCUUUUUUCCCCCUCAGAAUCUAUAUGUGUGGCUAGGUUUAGUUUCUCCUUGGAGAGUGAAUUUGCCAGGCUCUCAUGCUUUAAUAAUACUUUUAAUAAAUUCUAUCUUGUUUCUGUGAUUUGUUUUCUGUAAUAGCUUCUGCAUAUACUGCAUAAUAAAUGGGUCCGAAUCUAACUUGCCAAUUUUUUUUUAUGAUUCUUGCAUGAGCAAGAACAAUAGUAGUGUUUUCAAAUAGCAGAGGUGAUUAUAGAAAUAGUAUUUAGUCCUUUUAAUCCACAGAAUUUAUAUUUCUUAUAUUCAAUAGCCUAUAAUUAAAUUGAAUCAGACAAAGAGAAGCAAAUUUAACUGAAAUAUUAAAUAUCUAUGAAGCAGCAAACAAUAAUCAUUUUUUUAAAUUGCAAAGUAGUUUUCUAGGACCAUGGUUAUUCUUUCCCAACAAAAACAUUUUUUUAAAAUACCCAUCUAUAUUUUCCUGUUUGGGAAAGGUGUGAGUGCCAUUGAUAGUGCUUUUACACAUUCUAGCUUGAAUAAAGAACUGCCUGAAUUUCUUUCUUGGAUAAAUGUAACAACAAAAAAAAAAAGGUGGUUCUUUUUGUGGAUAUUUCUACCUAGGCAAGCCAAAUGGAACUGCAUCAACUACAUGGGUACGUCAGAGGAAUUGAGGCAAACUUUAGAGAUUUUUCUAAAGUGUCUUCUGUCUGUACUGAUCCGAUUCAACAGAUGUUUGCUCAGGUUUCCAUUUGCUUUUAAGACGAAGUCUGAUACCUAUGUCUUGGAGUUAAGGCUUUAACAUUUGCAGUGCAGUUGUAAUAACAUUUUCAGCUCUCUCCAACUAGCUUUAAUUUCUUAAGAACAACUCAGACUUCCCCUAUGAAAUAUAUCUUAAGAUCUACCUUGUUUGUUUCCUGAGUGUUUCAGAAUUUACAUUAGAGUCCCUGGCUUUUAGUCUUCAUUCAAGCCAAACCACCAUUAUCUUUAAUUGAAGCUGCGCCUAGUGGAAGCCAAAAACAUUGGUGGAGUCAGUGAAAAAAAACAAAAUAAAUAAAUAAAUAAAUAAAAAAAGCCAAGUUGCUUGUCUGGUAUUAUGAAGUCUUUGAUUCAAUUCUGCUUCAUUAAAGCCAUAAAAAAAACACAUCUGGAUUCUCUUUAAAUUUGGGCAUUUUUCAAUUGCUAUCUAUUCUGUCAGGGAAAUAUUUUUAAUUGUAAAACCAUUAUCUUGUGGGAUUUCUGGUUUUUACUUUAGCAAAGUGCAACUAUUCCUUGUGCCUUAGAAAUAUGACAUUCUGCAGAUUAAAAUGCAAAUGAAAUCAUGCUUUAUCUGAUUUCUUAAUUUUUCCUUCACAAUUUUCCAUGAAAGUAUUUGCAAACUUGAAAAGGUAUGUUAGCCUUUAUCAGCUGAUGCAUAGUUAAUAUUUGAAGAUUUUUAGACAAAUAACUGAGUGGCUUAUUAUUACUGUAUGAAGGAGGAAAAGACUUACAAUUUUUUUUACACAUUGGAAAUCGAAGAUGGAAGGGCAUAUAUUUAUUUACCAUUUCUUAAAGAGACUAAAAGUAAUGGAUAUCAAAAUGUUCUGUGUGGUUCAUUCAGAAGUCCUUUAAUGGAAGGGUACAAAGCCUCCCAAUAGGAGGAAUAAAUCUGAUGAGUUUUUUUUUUUUUUUUUGAGAUCAAUUGCACAGCAUGGUGAAUGUAGUGAAUAAUUGAGUACUGUACAUUUUAGUAUGCCUAAGAGAGUAAAUUGCAAAUAUUCUCAUCACAAAAAUGUUAACUAUUUGAGGUGAUAGAUAGGUUAAUUAGCUUGAUUUAAUUAUUCCACAUUGUAUUAAAGAGAUAUAAUACUACAUUAUACCUCAUAAAUAUAUACAACUCUAAUUUGUCAAUAUAUAAUUAAAAAGCAGAAUUUUCUACACAUAAACAGAAACUGUAACUUAGAAAUAUGAUAUUACAUUAAGUAGAUUAUAUUUCUGAGAUUUUAAAUAAAUUUAUAUCAUAUAAAGUUACCCCUUUUUAGGCCCUAUUCUUUUUCUUUUUUUUUUUUUUGUAGCAUAC